AUGGUACCAGCACAUCUGUUGGCAAUGGAGCAACAAAAACGCUACAUAAACAGAUGUGAAGGCAUUGAAUUCAACGAGGCGGAAGAGCGGAACGCUACCAUCCGUAAAUGGCAAGAGGAGUGGAAGAACUCAGACAAGGGAAAAUGGACAGUACGGCUAAUACCAGACAUUAAACACUGGCUGCUGAGGAAAUAUGGCAACUGCGACUUCCAUUUAACACAGAUGCUAACCGGUCAUGGUUGCUUUGGCCAAUAUUUGACGAAAUAUAAGAAAAGACAGAGCCCGGAAUGUGUUGACUGCGGUUCAGCGGAAGACAACGCGGAGCAUACGUGA